AUGUUUGCGAUGCAUCGGCGCGUCGAAAUAAAUGUAUGUCACAGCGAAUGUACCACCCGAAAACAAACAUCAGCUGAACUGUCCGCGAACAGCUGGGUUAUGGUCAACCUCAAGGAUAUGGCCAGCCUCAAGGCCAUGGGCAACCUCAGCAAGGAUACGGGCAACCUCAGCAAGGGUAUGGGCAACCUCAGCAAGGGUACGGGCAGCCUCAGCAAGGCCAUGGGCAACCUCAGCAAGGAUAUGGGCAACCUCAGCAAGGGUAUGGGCAGCCUCAGCAAGGUUACGGACAACCACAAGGUUAUCGGCCUCAACCGCCACAAGUAA